AUGGAUGACGAAGGCGACAGUUUCGAUGAUGAGAUCGUCUUUUGUAGUCAAGAGGAACAAAAGCCGGACAUUUCUCAAGUUCAAAAGUUCAAAAAGAUAAGUCUAAUGAGAUUUCGGUUCAGAGCUCCGUAGUUCAAGACUCAGACGACGAUGAGAAGCCGAACGCGGCUAAUGAGACCUACGUCGAGGAUAUUGAUGAAGGGGAAGAAGAGAAGCGGGAGGAGGAAGUUCCUCCGAGUGAUAUCAUCAAAAUCUUGAUCGCCACUGAUAUUCAUUGCGGCUACGCUGAGAAUAAGCCUAUUAGGUAUCGAGAAAUUCUGGGCAAAGUCCGAAAAAAAAACCUUUUCGAAGCCUUCAAACUACGGACUGUUCGUUUGAAUUCAAAGGGGUGCAAAAAUACCUGUAGGGCUCAAAAAUGAAUCUUUUCACUAAGAAACUACGGUGACUCUUAUUCACAGAUCGAGUUCGAACUUUGGUGAUUUAUAGACCUAGGUCAGAAUACUUGAAAAGAGAAAACUUGUUGAAAAUGGACAGAUUAGACUUGAAAAAUUUCAUGAUGGUUCUUUUUUUCUUAUUUCAUCUUUUUUUUGCAAUGGCCUUGACUGAUUCAGUUGAAAGGAACACCAAAAAUGUUGAAUCUGCAAAAAAAAAAUUUGAGAAUAUCAGUAUGCUGAAGUUUUUCAAGUCGGAUCUGCCCAUUUUUAACAAGAGCUUUUUUGUUUUCUCAUCAAGUUCAAAAUAUAAUUUUUCUUCUUUUCAAUUAUUCUGAUCUAGGUCUAUAAACCACCAAAUUUUGAACUCGACCCGUAAAUAAAAGUUGCCGUAGUGUCCUAGUCAAGAUUUUUUUCUCUGAAAAAUUUCAAGUAAAGUUAUUUUUUUAUGAUUCCAAAAUGACGAUUUUUCUGGCUCUAGAGUUAUGUGAAGCCCUCCUAAUGGAAAGUCAGAAAAAAAUCUUUUUUUCAAGUAUUUUUUUAUACUCUGCCCUUGGCCAAAAUUAGAUAUUUUUUUUUUCAGAAACUUGGACUCGAUUAACACUUUUGAAGAGGUUUUGCAAAUCGCGGUCGAGCGAAAAGUUGACAUGAUCCUUCUCGGUGAGAAACUGUCAACUUUUGAAAAAUUAUCUUUUUUUUAGCCGGUGAUUUGUUCCACGAGAACAAUCCAUCGAGAGAUUGUCAACAUCGCGUCGUUCAGCUGUUGAGAAAGUAUUGUCUGAACGAUAACGAGGUGGUUUCUUGAAAGUUUUUCUUAAGAAAAAAAUCUCAACUCACAAAUAGAAUUCCUAAUAAAUAUUGAGCUUUGAAAAAUUUUGGUGUUUUUUUGGGACCACUUUAAGCUCUCAAACUUCUUUCUUUCCUCCAGAAAAAAAUUGUAUCAAAAAAACCCGCUUUUUUUAUUUAUAGUAGGAAGGAAAAAUUAUUUCAAUUAAAAAAACAGAUCUUAGUUAAUUUAUAGCUACUUGAGUAAAGAAAAAUAAAAAAAUUAAUGUUUCUUAGGCUUUUUAAAGAUUGAAAGUGUUUGAAAAAAAUUAUAAAAGAAAAAAAGAAAAAAAUUCGAUUUUUUUGUAGUUUUUUUAAUCGAUAUAAGCCUAAUAAAAGUUUGUGUUUUUUCUUCAAUUUCAAAUAGUUGUAAGCUCACAAUUCUCUUCUUUAUUAGGGCUGGGAAAUGUUGCUUUCAUUGCACUUUUCCAUUUUACUUCUGCCAUUUUCAGUUCAAAUGUGUUAAUUUCCACAGGUCUCUUUGGAAUUCCUAUCCGAUCCUUCAGUCAACUUCUCUCAGAGCCAUUUCGGCAGGGUCAAUUACUAUGUAAGUUUAAAAUUGCCGAAAUAAGCCUAUUUUCGGGCUCUUUACCUUGAAAAUUGAAUUCAAAGAUCUUUUUUUUUUGUCCGAAAUACCUUUUAGAAGGCAUUUUUCGCUUCUGUCUUGUUUUAUUUCAACUACUUAUAUUCUUCCCGUAAGUAGUGACUAAAUCUGUUUUUAUUAUUUCUAUAAAAAAAAAGUCAUUUCAGGACGCCAAUAUCAAUGUCGGCUUGCCGGUUUUCACUAUCCAUGGUAAUCACGACGAUAUGGCUGGAAAAGUGAGGGAAAUCUAAUGAAAUCGAGAAAUAAAUCAACGAUUUUCAGGGCCUCACAGCGUUGGAUCUUCUACACGAAUCCGGUCUUGUGAAUUUGUUCGGAAAACAUGAGAAUUGUGACGAGUUGGAGGUUGGGAUAUUCCUGUGUUUUUGAAAACUUUGAAACUUUGAAACUUUUAUUCAGUCUUUAGAGAAGGUACUCUGCUGAAUCAUGGAAAAAUUGAAGAGUUGUUUGUCGGUUCGCGAAACUGUUGUUGAUCAAGGGUAUACGGCGCGUAGAGCAUCUCGCUUUUUUUGUGAUAGUAGUAGACGAUUUGCGAGCGUUUCCGACGAUUAUUGCUUCUCCAUGUAGGAACAGUACGGCGCCCAGCUUGUCCAGGGCUGACGGGCGUCAGAUUAAAUCCCAGACGAGAGCGGAAAUGAAGACCGACCUUUCGGGCAGUAGAAAUAAUAAAGUUAUCAAUUUUUAACUGAUGAUAUAAACUCGUGGAAUGAAAUUUGCGAUUUUUGAAUUUCUUUCGUUGCAUAUUUUCAUUUCGAGAUAUUUUUAGAAUAGGCCUAUGUUGCUGAAUAAAGUUCGAGUUGAUCCUAAAAAUUGAGAUUUCCGAUGACUAUUGAAAUCACUUCUUUUAUAAAGGCCCACAUGAAUCGAAAUAUUUUUUUAAUAAUUAUUUUAAAAUGUCUGGGAAAUUCGCUAAUUUUUUUUUCUAACCUUUUUCAUACGGCUAGGGAACCUUCCUGCGAAGUUUCCGAAUAGUCCCUUUCCAACUUUUUUUUUCCUCGAUUAACUCUUCUUUUUGAAGUAGUUGAUUUAUGAUUAAAACACAAAGAGAUAGAAAAAAAUGCUAACAGAUUUUCCGAAAAAAAUAUAGGGAAAAUAGGGAUUCGUCGGAAACUGCUCUGUCGGAAAGUUCAAUGGCGAUAUGAAAAAGUCGGAAAAGUCUACGUUAAUAAUUUCGUUGGCUUUUUCAUACCACCGAUUUUCUCACUUUCUGACGUUUUAUUUCUUUUUUGUUUCCGAAUAUAUUUUAAAAAUGCCAUCAACAAAGCUAAUUCCAAUACGUUUCAAUGACUAAUCAUAAAGAAUGCAAUGUAUCAAAUAGCUAUUACGGGACGCUUCAGUUUUAACACAAAAAAAUCUAUAUACCUUUUUUAAAAAAGUGAAAUUGACUGAAUUCCAUGAUGCCAAAAAGAAGAAAAAGAAGUGAACGAAGUUUAUUAUACUUGUUAAUUUCAGGCCAAUCGAACGGCGACUUUUUCGAUCUUCUCAUAUCGCUAGGGAACUUUUUCGAAUAAUACUUUUUCCAACUUUUUUUCUCGAUAAAAUUUUUCGUUUCGAAUCUUCCUAUAUAAAAAUAGGUAGUUGAUUUUUUUGAUCAAAACACAUAGAAAAAGGAAAAUAAUGUUAAUAUAUAUUUAAUGAACCGGAAAAUAUAGGAGAGAAUAGUCGGAAAGUUCAAUGGUUUUUUUUUUCUAAACGUGAUUUUUUGUCACCUCAAAAUUUCAAUUUGUUUUUUUGGUGCUUUCUCAUUCAAUAACUUUUCUUGUUUCUAGAUCUCUCCUAUACUACUGCGAAAAGGAGAAACCCGCUUGGCCUUGUAUGGUAUUGGAAGCCAGAGGGACGAUCGGCUUUGUCGGGCUUUUCAGGUCUUUUUUUUUUUAUUAAAUUCCAUUUUUCGUGCUUUUCAUUCAAUAGAAAUGUUUCCUAUUGCAUUUUGUGAAUAUUUAUUUUUUCAGAAAGAAACGAUCAAUUUCUUGCGACCAACAAAUGGCGCCGAAGAUUGGUUCAAUCUCUUGACCCUGCAUCAGAAUCGGCCACAGAGGUACUGGAAAUUUCGCUUUUUUAUGCCUUUCUUUGUAAUUUCGUAUCUAAGUGUGUUUUUGUAAGUUUAAUUUUAAAAAAAAAGACUUAUUCUGUUCACCUUGGACUUGGUUUCUUUAAAAAGCUUCUUUUGCGAAAAUCAUAAAUGGGCAAGUACAGAACCUAGUCAGGUUGAGAAGAGGUAGGCUUACAAAAAUUUCACAAAAUUAGAAUCAAAAUAAAGUUUCAACUAGGGAUGUAGUUCCGGUCAUAAUAAUAAAUGAUUAACCCUCAGGGAGGUAGUAUUAAAUUUGAUAUGAAAAAAAUUGGAAGGACUUCAAAAAUGGUCUGCUUAUAGAGAAUUUUUGAAGGAAUUACUUGUUGUAUAACGAUUCUACCAAGAAAUUAAUGUACUUCUAUGAGUUUUACUUCCCUGGGAAGAUUUGUGAAUUUUUGUGUUAAAACUGAAGCGUCUCGUAAUAGCUAUUUGAUACAUUAAAUUCUUUAUGAUAAGUCUUUGAAACGUAUUGGAAUGAGCUUCUUUGAUGAGUUGACCAAAAUGAUUUAAGUGUUUUUGAGAAAUGGAACGUCAGAAAGUGAGAAAGAUAACGUAAAUUUCGGAGAGGCAGGUAUAAUAUUUAUUAGGAAAUUCGUGGAAUGAAGCUGUUUUGCUUUCAAAAAUGAAAUUUAAAAUUUUUCGCCAAUUUUAGAGCCGUCCAUCGUUCCACCGGCGCCUACCUGCCGGAACAAUUCAUCCCUUCUUUUUUCGAUUUAGUUGUCUGGGGACAUGAACAUGAAUGUAUUAAAGGUAAGAAUAAUUCUGAAACAGUUAAAUUCGCCGUCGUUCAUUUUUCAGGUUGUUUCGUUUUAAGUUCAAAAAAUAAGCAAUCAAAAGAAGUCUGUAAUCGAAAAUUGAAGGAAUAGAAGGGAAAUCUGUUUUAAGCAAGAAAAACUGCUUUAAAGUUCAACUUGAUUUAUUUUUUUACUAGAGAUAGAUCAACUUGAAGAAAAAGCAUACCCAAAAAAAUUAGGACAACGAAAAACAAGAGAUUUUUUAAGCCAUUUUGCGUGGAAACUCGACCCGUUUUGACUAUUUUUGUGUUAAAACUGAAGCGUCUCGUAAUUGCUAUUUCUUGAAUUGAAUCAUUUAUGAUUAGUCUUUGAAACGUUUUAGAAUGAGCUUCUUUGACGCCGUUUGAUAUUAAUCUCAUUUUAAAAAUUCUCCUUUUUUUCACUGAAAAAUCGGGAACGAAGUACUGAUUUGAACAGAUCCCAAGUACAAGGCUUCAUCGGAAAUCGUUGGAGACGGGUUUUAUAUUCUACAGCCGGGAUCAACUGUGGCGACUUCUCUCACAGCGGAUGAAGCCAAACCGAAGCAUGUCUUUGAAGUAAAGGUAAAUUGGAUGGAAAAGAAACUUGAGAAAGUCCAAAGAAUGGAUAAACAGACAUUGAAUGAACAUUUUGUGAAGGUGUCGAUAAUUAGUUUUAAAAAAAAAUUUCAUAAUGAGUGGAUUUUUAAUUUUUUUUUUUUUAGUUGAUGAGUGUAAAAAUGCUCACGAGGAUCUUCAGAUUGCAGAAGUUGAAAGCGAAAAUAGUAAAAUUUUGAGAUCAUAAGUGAUAAUUUUCGAACUUUAUAUUCAUUUCAAGGAGCAGGUUAAGAGAAAUUUCUUCGAAUAUUAUGAAUUUUGUGACCCGUUAAAAACUAGGAAGAGUUUAUAGUUUCUAUGACUAAGUUCAUAUUAGGACGUGUAAAAUGAAUUGAGUUGUGAGAGAAUGGAAAAAAAAAAUAGAAAGUGAGAUUUCUGUAUUGUAGAACAGUUCAUGGUGAACUUUCAAGAGAGUAGAAUCUCGGAAAUUUUUCUGGAAUUUUUCCGUAAAAAAAAACUAUAAAAACUCAGAUCCGAGGCCGAAAGUUCGCCUGCAAGCCGAUUCCACUUCAAACUACGCGACAAGUCCUGGUCGACGAGAUCGUUCUGGACAAAGUGGAGCCGCCGUUUCGGCUCCCGGCGACUGGAGUCCGACCUCCGCCGUCUCAGGGACCACUCCCGGUACUGGAAAAAUGAAGGAAAAUUGCACUUUUGGUAGCAUUUCUAUUGAAAAAGCAGUCCAACUUGUCUAAAGUUGCUCAAAUAUCUGCGUUAAUUCGUUAGAUGCGCGAUAAUCUUUCUGGAACAGGAACUGGGGGAAAGUUCUUUUUUUUUUACGGAAUUUCAAGCUUGAAAACUUGCAAGAAGGUUUAUAGUUGAAAAGAGAUCAGUAGGCCCCUUGAUGAUCUAGAGGCAGGUCCUAGACGUUUCAAGCUUUAAUAUAUCCUAGUUUUUGAUUUAAAAAAAAGGUUUCAAGGUUGAAGACAGCCAUCAAAAAAAGACUCUUAUGAGACUUUGAGAUGGUCAAAAAUUGUAAAUAUGUGUACUUUGACUUUUAACAUAAGAUUGAAAAGUUUACCAUACGAUAUUGUGGCUAAACUUUAUGAAAUGCUCGGCUACGAAAUGAAAUUACCUUUAUUUUGGUAAUUUUCUUAUUUUUCAACUGGUUCAACUGCUCAAAUCGGAUCAAAUUGAACAAAAAGGCAAAUUCCAAUACCUUGAAUUUUUGAACUCUCCGCGUAAGACCACGGAUUCGAGUCACGCGCUUAAUUUAGAUGAGGAAGGUGCGAAAACCGGCACGGGUCGGUUGCACCCGGAUAGGGGGAUAUAUAAACGAUCGCCCCAUGUGACAUUCCGUUCUUCCGAGAACAUAUACUAAAAUUGGAACAAUACAGAGAAGAUUAGCAUGGCCCCUGCGCAAGGAUGACACGCAAAUUCGUGAAGCGUUCCAAAUUUUUUGCACCUUUUUAACUUCCAAAAUUUUGUUAUCUUGGAAGUAGUUUCAGGACAUACGCAAGAAAUUAAAACUUAUGUCCGGAAGAGUUUCUUUGAAAACAAUUCCAAAAAGAAAAAACAAAUCCAAGUUUUGAUCUUUGGAGAUCAAAUUAACGAAAAUAAAGUUGAUUUUAAACUCAAUGAAGUAAACCGAAAGCAGAUCUUCCUUACUUUUACCUGAGUUGUAAAAUAACAUAAAGAAAAAAAAAAUCAAAUUUUGGAUAAAAAAGCAAAAAGUUUGGAACGCUUCACGAAUUUGAGUCCAUCCUUGCGCAUUGCAUGCCGGGCCAUGCUUUUCUGUAUUGUUCCAAUUUUAGUAUAUGUUCUCGGAAGAACGAAAUGUCACAUGGGGCCAUCGUUUAUAUAUCCCCCUGUCCAGGUGCAACCGACCUGCGCCGGUUUUUCGAACCUUUGUAGUCUUUUUAGUGACUCAAGAUCCCGGUCUUUUUGAGACAGAUCAAGGUCUCUGAAGUUUGUUUUAGAUUUUUAACAGUACAAAAGUAUUUUUACUACGUUUCAUGAACUUUUAUCUAAUUUUUGAAAGUAAAAAAAUUAUGCAGGACGAGUCCGGCAUCAUGGAGAAGCUGAACGAGAUGAUCAAAGAAGCAAGGAAGGCCCGAGGUCCUAAACAACCGGAAAUGCCUUUGAUUCGGCUCAAAGUUACUUAUGCUGGAGAAUGGGCAAGGAUGCAGGUGAUUGAACUAUUUUUAGAUGUAAUGAAAGCCCUGAAAAAUUCAAAGAUCAAACAUUUUUUGGGAGUUGGACUAUCUUGUAGAGCCGGAAAAUCGAACAAACUAAGAAACUCCAGAGUGGUCCCUAUGGGGCCCCUUAGAGGGUCUCCUCUAGGGGGUCUAGGAGCCACUUUGCCAACCUUAUAGGGGCCACUAAAGCUUGCAAAAGUGGUAUUUAAAAGGGUUUUUAGUUAGUGUGGCCCCUAUAAAGGACAUGCUAGUAGAAAAAAAAUUGUUAUGAACUCUAAGCGAAGAAGAAUUUCCAUGGGAAAACCAAGCUUUAUGAAUGAAUUUGAUAGACCGCUAUACGGUUCACUUGAGCUUCAGGGGCUAAGAGGUCAGACCCUAAAUCCCUAUAGGGACCACCUUAAUUUUACUUCUAUAAGGACCGCUUUUUCGGCCCCUAUAGGGGUUUUUCCUCCUUAUCCCUAUAGGGACCGCUCUGAAAUUCCUAAGUAAGUUUUGGUGGUAUGAAAAAAACACCAGCGAAAAUUCAAACGCCGACUUUUCCGAUUUUUUCAAAUCGCUAGGGAACUUUCCGACGGCCACCUUUCCGACGAAACUUUUUCCGACUUUUUUUUCUCGAUAAACUCUUCGUUUUACAUCUUCCUAUAUAAAGUAGGUAGUUUGUUCAUACUUAAAACACAAAGAAAUAGAAAAAAAAUGUUCAUAGAUGUUUUAUAAACCGAAAAGCAUAAGAGAAAAAAGUCGGAAAAAGUUUCGUCGGAAAGGUGGCCGUCGGAAAGUUCCCUAGCGAAAUGAAAAAAUCGGAAAAGUCGCCGUUUGAAUUUUCGCUGGUGUUUUUUUCAUACCACCAAGAUUCCGUGUCUUCAUGGCCUCAUUUUCGUUUGAAUUUUGAGCAAAAUUUAACUUAUUUGAAACUUUGAAACUUUUGAAACUUUUAUUCAGUCUUUAGAGAAGGUACUCUGCUGAAUCAUGGAAAAAUUGAAGAGUUGUUUGUCGGUUCGCGAAACUGUUGUUGAUCAAGGGUAUACGGCGCGUAGAGCAUCUCGCUUUUUUUGUGAUAGUAGUAGACGAUUUGCGAGCGUUUCCGACGAUUAUUGCUUCUCCAUGUAGGAACAGUACGGCGCCCAGCUUGUCCAGGGCUGACGGGCGUCGGAUUAAAUCUCAGACGAGAGCGGAAAUGAAGACCGAUUCUUUGAAGAUUCUAACUCAUUUCUACCACCCCGAGUGGUCGGUCUUCAUUUCCAACUUAUUUAAUGAGGUUUUAAUAAAGUUCUAAAAUUUUUAUGAACUGGAACCUUGAACUAUCCAUAAGUUAAAAAACGAAAUCGAUACAUGAUGAAAUCGUCCUUUUUUUCUACUUGGCUCUUAUUUUCAGCCAAUCAACGCCGUAAGGAUCGGGAGCAGGUACGAGGAUGUUGUGGCCAACGCCCUCGAGAUGAUUUCGAUUAAAAAAGUUGUUCUCCUGUAAAAUCUGGGACAUUUAUCAAAAUAUUUUCUAAGAAGUCCGAUCGGAAAAAGAGACACAAAGAGGAUGAUUCUUCGGAGCCGAUGGGCAAUGUUAGCGCUGCAAAUUUGCAGCUUGUCGUGAGUUUCAUCGGUUUUUUUUUCUUCUCAAAAAAAAUUCUUAACCGCACGGUAUGUUCAGUAGUUGUUCAAGAUGAGAAGAAGGCAUGGAAAAUUGAUAAUUCAUUACUAGACUAGCGAUUACAGAAAAGUCCAUUUUACUUGGAAUUUUCAGAAAUUGGACCCGAAUACUUUUCAAUGCACUGAAUUCAGGUUCUUUGAAAUUCUCAAACCGGGAAAGCUCGCUCCUUUUUGAAAAAAUAUAGCAACCCAUUUCCUUACUACGAGAUUUCACUACGCGCAUAACCUAGACUAGGAAGGUGCGAAAACCAGUGUAGGUCGGUUGCACCUGGACAGGGCUAUAUAUAAACGAUGGCACCAGGUGACAUUCCGUUCUUCCGAGAACAUAUACUAAAAUUGGAACAAUACAGAGAAGAUUAGCAUGGCCCCUGCGCAAGGAUGACACGCAAAUUCGUGAAGCGUUCCAAAUUUUUUGUCUUGUUUUGUAUAAAGUUUCUAUUUUUCUAAACGCCAUAAAAAUCUUUUGAAAACGUAAUAAUCUGAAAUAUUGGGCUACACUUUCUUGAUAACUAGGAAGUUCGAGUUUUAAGAUUUUCAAAACCUUUAUCCAAUACAUGGAAAGGUAUUCUGGUCUAAUUUGAGGAGAUGGCAAGUUAACUGGACUUUCUUUUUAGCUACAAGUUCAGUUAAAGUUUACCAAACUAUUACAAGGAAAACGCAAGGUCCGCUUAAGAAUUCGAUGAAAUUUGGCUUAGUUAUUCAAGUUAUUUCAAUAAAAACUAUGCCUUGAGCUUUUUUAUGUAGUUAUGAAACCUCAAAGACGCCAAAAAACCUUCUUUUCCUUCUUUAUAGUUGAAAAUAUUUCUUUGCAGCAAAAUGAAAAUCGUUUUUGGUUUCUGAUGCGUCAUUAAUUUACAGAAAACACUCUUUUCUAUGCUGAGUUAGAAUCACGAUGUCAUAAAGUAAGCCAUCCUUCAUCAAAUCGUCAACCGGUCGCAUUUUGCGUUUUCUUGUAUAAAGUUAAAAAAACUGUUUUUUGCAUCUUUAAUGUAAGAAUAUGUACAUGUGCAAUUGACUUUCAUUGAUUUAAUUGUGUUUAAACGGCGGUAGGAGAUGUGGCUUAGGCAGAGAAGUUGUGAAUUUUGCUCGUAGAACAUCAGGUACAAGAGAGGUCGUAGGCAGAAGUACUUUACCAAGUCCUAAUUGAAGUCGUAUUUGUCAUCAUCUUCUCAGAUCGCCGCCCAUUUCAACUCUUUGCCAGUGGAACAACGAAUGACGGUUUUGAAAGAUAGUGGAAUCGGCAGAGCUUUGGAAAUUUAUGCCGAUGGGGAGGUUAGUUUUUCGAAAAAAUACAUUCAAAAAUCAAAAUAAUGUUCAGACAGAAACCACAGCGUCGAGGUCGAAUACUGAUUUCGUUGCGCAGAUCAAUGUAUUUUUUUAUCGAUUCGAUUGAAAAAAAGAAUUAUUUAUAGACCCAAAUCGAUUUCGUCCGGAACAAGCUCAAAGAAAUGCCCGAACCGCCUGUGGAAGUCAUGGUUAAAUAUUAAUUUUUUUAAAAAAAUAUACCGUAUAAAAAGUGAUAUUUUUAAGGAAGACGGCCAAAUCGACUUCUUCUCGUUCCAAGCCGCGAUUCAAAACGAUUUGAAAACGAUGAAGGCCAUUUUUUACGAGGUCGGCGAGAACAAUUUUCAAAGAUUUUGACUACUCAAAUACACUCAUCAAAUAAGUAUCGAAGUAGAGAAGAAAAUAAUUAUUUAAGAAAGCUGAACUCGAAGUGGGAUUUUUGAGAUCAAUCUAUAAGGUUGGCUGGUUAGAAAUAAUGCCGUGUUCAAAGUAAUUUUGCGAAAUGCAAAAUGAUCUCUGACUCUCCAUAAUUUAGUUAUAUUUUUCAUUCUCUGACGGCUAUUUUGCAUUUCGCGAAAUUGCUUUGAACACGGCAUAAGCUUUUAGGCUUUUUCGAUUCAUAUUAUUUUUUUUCCAAGAUAAGAUUUUCAAAAAGAAUAAAGAAAGGUCGUUGGUGAAAAACCAUGCUAGCGAUUGAAAAUUAUUUUUCGGAUCUAUCAAUCCUUAUCAAGUUUUAAGGAGGUUGAACAGAUAAAAUAUCGCCUCAUUCUAACCGGCCAAACUAAUAAAUUUAUAUAGGUUAUUUGAAUUUGUUUCAAAAAUUUCAUUGGAUUCCAGAAAAAUAUUUCCUUAUCGAAUAAUUUUCUUCUUGAAGUUUCUCUGGCCUUUUUUCAUAGUUACCUAUUUAGAAUAUAAGUUCUCAUAAAAGAAUCUACUAACAUGAUUGAUUCAGUAAAAAAGACAAAAAAUUUGGAACGCUUCACGAAUUUGCGUGUCAUCCUUGCGCAGGGGCCAUGCUAAUCUUCUCUGUAUUGUUCCAAUUUUAGUAUAUGUUCUCGGAAGAACGAAAUGACACCUGGUGCCAUCGUUUAUAUAUCCCCCUGUACAGGUGCAACCGACCUGCACCGGUUCUCGCAGAUUUAUACAUUACAAUAUGGGCGACUAUUAUUUGACAACUGGUUUAAAAACCGAAUUUUUUUCUGAAGUGGUUUUCAUCUAAUAGUCAUUCAUCGCUUCGAAAUUAUGAUUUUCUCUAAAUGUUUAUUUUUUUUUCAAUAGCUUCAAAAGGGUGGGACUUAUUUUGCAGCAGUUGAUUUUGAGAAUAUAUUGACUAGGAAACGUUUUCUAGUCCCCGGAACAUUUGAUGAAGCUAUUCUGUAGUGUACUUUAGAACCUCCUGAUCGCGAAAUGAGAAGAAACUUUCUCGCGAUAGGUCUUGUAUUUGAGUAAUAACGGUCCAAGAGCUAAUAUGGCGCUUUUUGUCAUAGUUAGCGUGUUUUGAGAACUUCGAAGGUUCAUAAAUAGAAAACGAGAUCUAUUACGAAACAUUUUUUCUUGCUCUGGUAUCAGGAGGUCCUAAAGUACACUUCAGCAAAGUUUCAUAAAAAUUUCAAGGGGGUCUAAACAAUUUCCUUGUGAGAUCAGUAGUGAAUUCGUCCAUAACUGAAGGAAUUGAAAAGCGUAUAACUUGGCCUUUUCUUUCAGAAUGAGUCGAAAAACGGCGAUGAAUCCAUGUUCGACGAGUCAGCCUUCUCCGCUGCCCCGCCUCGUCGGAGCAACGAAAGCAACUUCAGUCGACGGGUUGACGACGACGAUGACGUCACUUUCCUCGGAGACGUCGGGUCGACAAGCUCCGCCAAGCCGACGAGGGGAAGAGGUCGAGGUCGAGGUCGUGGAAGGGGUCGUGGCUCUCCGAAGAAAAAAACCCCAGAAAAAAAUACGUAUUCGGAUGAUUCUUUUUGA